AUGACUCUUACAGAAGCAGAGGCCAAGAAAUUAACCGUAAGCCCUUUGAACAAAGUAUCAAAAGCUUGAACGAUCUUUUUAGGUGCCCAAAUUGAAAGAGGAACUUUCCAAAAGAGGGCUUAACAAUGCAGGCAACAAGGCAGAGCUAUUGGAUCGACUUUUGGAAUCCAUUCAAAAGGUUGAGAUUUUUUUUUCUCAUAAACUUAAAUUCUAUCUAGUGUACUUAUUUCAUUUCUGACGUGUAGUGGUCGAAGAAAAAACAAUAUUCAAGUGUCGGGAGACAGAUGAGAAUUUUUCAACCUAAUAAAUAAGAUGAGCGCAAUUUGAGUUUUUCGUUUCAAUAAUUUUGUUCAAAUAAAUUGGAGAGGAAUUAGAGGAAUUUUUUUUUGUCAUGUUUUUAUUCAGGAAAUUGAUUUUUCAGGCUGCAGAAGAGGCAAUUUUGGACGGGACGGGUGUGGAGGAUGUGCCUUUUCCCAGUGGUAAGCUUUUGGAGCGAAACGCCGUGAAAAGAAAGUUUUAUAGAUGACAUAUUGAAUGAAGACAUUCUCGACGCUUCUUCUGUGGACGGCGACACUUCAAAACCUGAUAUCAGUUUGGAUGAAAAAGAAGCUUCUGGGAAUAGCGACUCGACGGCGGACGCAAAUGGCAAAUCCGAGACUUCUAAUGUCACGGCUAAAAAAGAAAAGGUGAAAACUCCACAAAUUGCUUGAUGAGAUGAAAUAAUGUUAGAUCACGAUCAAUGAAGCUUCUGACAAGGCGGCAUGGGCUAGCCGUUUCGGCCUUCCAGUCACAUCGGACAUCGCUAAGGAGCAGAGGGCUAAGCGGUGCGUUUCAAUGUCUUUUCUCUCACAUUUUGAACUUUAAUGCGAAGUAAUAACUUUUAACCUUCUUAGUUUUGGCAUCUCCGCGCCUUCUGCUGCUGACGACGCCAAGUCGAAGAGAGCUGAGCGGUCUGAAAUGAAAUUUCAUUUCAAAUAUAAUUAUCUAUUUUUAGAUUUGGCUUAACCAAAGAAGCUGAGGCUCCAGCUGCUACUAACGAAAAACUCGCCGAGCGAGCAAAAAGGUUUGCCGAAGUCAAGUUUUGGUCAAAAUUUUCGGUUUUUAAGAUUCGGAAUCACGGAAGAGCAACCAAAGUCUGCAGUGGUAAUUUAGAUUGAAAUUUUGGAUAUUCAGUUCCGUAAUUUCAGAACGAAAAGUUUCUUCAAAGAGCCAAGCGAUUCGGAAUGAUUGAUACAGACGUACGUUUUUUUUCUUGUAUUUUUCAAGACAAAUUAGCAUUGAUUUAUUUUGGGGAGUGAAAUUGUUGCAAUUUGGUUUUGAUGAGAUUUUCUAUGGCCCAGGUCCAUUUUUACGUCAAAACAUUUUUUUUUCAGGAUCAAGCGGAAAAGAAAAGAAUGCGUCUCGAGCGUUUCAAGUGA